AAAAUAUGAAUAGUUUUUAACAAGAAAACAUUAUAAAAUUUCAAGAUUUGGAUCCUUUAAGUACUUAUCAACAUGUUGAGUAUCACAAGAUUUAUAAAAAUACAUCCAGCAAUAAAAAAAUUUCAUAAUGGACCCAUGAGAUUAUUGGCAACAAAAAAUGACGACGAAAAAAAAAGUUCACGACUCGAAGAAUUUAGAAAAAAAUUACGCGAAACAACUCCAAUAGAAAAACUGGAAGAAUUUGAAGAAGGAAAGCAUCCUUAUCAAGAGAAGGAGCCUUUAAAACCACAUCCGAAUAAUACAAACCCAGAAACUGGAGAAAUUGGCGGUCCUCGAGGUCCAGAGCCGACUCGGUAUGGUGAUUGGGAACGAAAAGGCAGAGUUUCUGAUUUUUAAGGAUAUCUUACUCAUUUUUUUUUCUCAAUAAUUAUUUAGAAUCAUAUUCCAUAAUAUAAAAAGUUUAUAAUCUGUAAUUUAUUAAUAAAAUAAAUGAAUAGU